CACUGUACAAACUGGUUUUAAAAGUCACGUGAUUAUUUAGUGUCUGACCCGGAUAAUCCACGUUACCAGGCCAAUCACUAAACAUGGUUUCUUUGCGAGGCUUGCUGCGAUCGAACGACGGAAUAAUUGAGCUUGGCGACGUUACGAAAAUUGGAAGAGAUGCUUCGUGCGAUAUUAACUUGCAAACUCUGAGUAUCGAACUGCUUCAUGCGGUGAUUGAGAGGCGUGACAUGUACGAGUGCUUUGUGUUGCAAGAUUGCAAUACGGCUCACGGCACGUACGUGAACGAUUGCAGAGUGCAAAACGGAGCUGUCAAUCUGUCACAUAAUGACGUCAUCAAAUUUGGACAUGGUGGAAAGCCAUAUCGUUUGGAGAUAGAAUACUCAAGAAAUCCAGAAUCUGAAACUCGCUGCCCGCCUAUCAGUCAAUCUGGUCAGUUACGAUCAUUGCGUGAGGUUGUCUCACCAGUCAUAGUCUCUGAUGUUAAUGCAUCGCUUCCACAACUCGCAACUAAUGUAUCAACUGUCUCCAGUCCUGAAAUGUCGCCGAGAUCACUUGCUGCAUCUCCGGUUAGCCAUGUCAUGCCAAGGCCACCGGCUCGAACUCGACCUCAUACUGCAAAUGAACUUCGUGUUCGGUCAGUCAACAUGGCGACCACUCCUGUUGAUCGGUCUCUCUCGGCUUCAUUACUAAGAACCCAGUCUUCAUUGCAUAUCAAUGGUCAGAGACUACGUAAGGUGGACAGUGCCAUUGUAGCAGAUUUUCCUGGUGAUGACGUUAACGAAGACUUAGAGCUGCGGUUACUGAAGAUGGGAGAUGAAUUGAAUCGGCUCUCUGUGUUUGAGUCUGAGAGUUGUCGUAAGGAUGGAUUAAUCAGCUUGCUGAGAAGUGAAGUUGCUCAGCUCAAACGGGAAUUAACUGUUCAAGAGGAGGCAGCUGUGUCUGCACAGAAGGAAUUGUCUGAAUCGGUGAACACUUUGACAGUUGACGGAUCACAGCAGCGCAAAACAAUUGGCGGUUUGACUGAGGAAAGAAACAGUCUUAAGCAACAACUCAGCGAAGCAAGAAAGAACGUCACUCACCUUAAACGAGACAACGGGGAUAAAUCAAGUGUAAUUGUCAGCUUGAGAUCAGAGCUAUCACACAUAAAAAUGCAGCAACAACAACAGAAAGCUACGAAACAUGAUCAACUCCAAUCGCAGCUGCAGAGAAUUAAAGUUCAAUUGCAAGCAUCCGAGCGUUGUGUUCAUGAUCGUGCACAGAAAAUUAGUGUAUUACAAGGAGAGGUGGAUGCAACUGGCCAACAGCUGGAGACAAACAAAGAGACUAUAAGGCAGUUGGAGAGAAAAUUGGGUCAAGCGAAGACGGACUAUAGAUCAAGUCAGAAUGAAGUUGAGCAGCUUGUUACAAAGCUGGCACAUGAAGAAGAGACAUUGGUUAGCUUCACUUCCAAAGUCUGUAACAUCACAGCAUUAGCAAAUGGACAAGACCUUGCCAAAAGCGAGACAGGAAGAGCAAGCGUGGUGAGCCACAUAACUGAAGUUGCAGAGCAGAAGCAGAGCUUGUACAAUCAGGUGGAAGAGCUAAAAGAAACGGUUACAGCUUUUGAAGAGGAAGAGAAGGCAGCUACAGAAUUUGUCACUUCCAUGCAACAUGUUCUAAAUCAACUGAAGGAUGCUCUUCAAACAGCUAACAAGAGCAGCAUGAUUGAGACAUUGCAACUGAGCUUAGACACACUGUCAGCUCUUAAAGUCUCUAAUAACACAACAUGGAUGAAGGACGAGUUGUGUGAGCGACUGAAGUUUGAGAAGACACAGUGUGAGCAAUCUGUAGUGGAAUUGCAAGAAAUAGUCGACGCAGUGAAUAACGCUUGUGGUGAUCUUGAAGAAGAGGUGACCGAUGGACGAGACACUCUUGCCAAAAUUCAAAUUUUACACCAGGAACUCACCAACAAAACAAGAGCAUUGAACGAAUUGACUACGCAUGUUGCAGACAGCAAUGCAAAGCAUCAGUCUGACAUAUCAGAGGCUGUAUCUCACGCUCAAAGUGAACUGGAGACACAAUCGGCUCGUGAAUUGACUGCUGUGAGAGAGGAGCAUGAGCGCCAGCUGGCUGGUUUGGUUGAGGAGAAGAGAACUGAAAUAGAGAAGAAAUAUAGGCUAGAAGUACAGAAUGAGAGAGACAAGAUAGAGAAGAAAGAAGAGGAGAUUCAAAGACUGGAGGAGACAUUACGGCAUAAAGACGAAAGCUUAGGAGCAAUCAGAGUUGAGCUUGUUGGUGUCAAAGAAAAUGAAGCAGCACUACAAGAACAAGUUGAACGGCUACAGUUACAGAUGAAGACUCUACAACACGCAGCAGCGGCUGAACAGAACUCUCUUGGAGAAAUUCUGAGGAAGGAGAUAGAUCUCUACAAGGAGCAGAGCAGUCAGCAUGCAAUAACAAUUGUUGCCUUGGAAGAGAAGCUACUUACUGCGGUCAAUGAAAACAAGAUAUUAAAGUCUGGGAUUCUGCCGAGUCAUGUAAAAGAUGGACAAGAACAGUUUGAAGUGAAAGAGCAGAAAAGAGUGUUUGAGUCGAAGAUGCCGAAUGAUGGGGAUAGGAAGCUGAUGCCUGCUGAUGAGCGUGGUCAAAGACAGGAGAUUCAGAGACUUGAAGAUCUUGUUGUAUCUUUGAGAGAGCAGUUGUCUAGUAUUCAGCAGGAGGCUCAUGAGCGCACAGAUGCAGCUGAAAGUUUACGGCGCGAUCUGAUUGGCAUGCAAGCUCGGAUGUCCGAUCUUGUAGGUGAGCUGGAUGAUGGGCAGAAACGAGAAAUUGAGCAACUGAGACUAAGAGUUGCUCAUCAAGACGAAGUACUAAGACAACGUGAAGACGACAUUCAGCAACUAGAGGGAAUCACACGCGAUCAAGCGAAAACCCUAGAGACCAACCAACUUGAAGUACAACGACAACAACAGCUACUCGAACUGCGACUCGGAGAAGCAAAAGAACAAGGCAGUCAACUGUCUCAACUUGCAGAUAAUAUUGUGACCGAACGAUCAGCCAAAGAGACGACGCAGAGACAACUGGACGAAACGAGUCAAGAACUGAUCGAAAUAAAAGCGAAAUACCAGAACUACGAACGACAGCAGCAAGUGAUUGAAAGGCAGAAGGAAGCUAUUCAAGAAUUAAGAGACAAUGUACGCAAGUUGGAAGAACUUAGACCACCAGUUCCUGGUCACGAGGAAGCUCUUCGUCAAAUUGUGUCACUAAAGCGUGAGUUGAAUGAUUUGAAAUCACGUGAUAGACGAUGUCAGGGCACGAGUACUGAUGAUAGUGGUUAUGCUGCUCUGACGACAACUGCUAUACAGACUGGUCCAACAACUCCGGUGACUCUCAGGGAAGCAACGAAUACGUUGGAUAGAAGUGAGAAGUCGUAUCUUUCCUUCUUGCGGGCACUUUCUCAGUCAAUGGAUCUUAGUGGUAUGCUUGGCGUAAAGAGUGUUGUAAAACUGGAUCCAUCAGAGAGAGAGAAGGUGUGGAGUGACCGAGGCAAAACUGCAACUGCAAUAUGUAGUCAAAUCAAAGCUCUACAAGAGAAACUGCAUAGGAAAGAGAAACUGCUCGAAGGAUAUGAAGACGAUCUCAGAAAACUCAGAGAGUUUGAAGCAGAACGAAUGGCCCAUGGAUCUGCUCUUGGGAGUCUACAGAGUGAACUACGAGACAAGAUGGCAGAAAUCCAGCUAUUACGAGAAUCACUAAAGAGAGCACAUGAAGAGUUAGACCAAGCACAAAGACUCAACCAGUCAUUAGUCAGUCGACAGGCUUUUCGAAGUAAACACCUUCACGACAUGCAGUCUCAGAAAAGAUCGGGACACAGGUGUAUGUAUACCGACGAUGAACUGCAAUACAAGAUUGAUACUCAGAAGAAUGCAACACGACAGCUCGUACGAAAGAAGAACUACGAGAUCGAGGCUCUAAGAAGGGAUCUACACACAACUCAAGCGAGGCUUGAUGAGAGUCGAGACAGACUGCUCGAUUCGUCUACUAAAGCGAUUGCAGGUGCAGCGACAAGUUGAAACGUCGAGUCUGCUAGAUAUGCUGUAGAUACACAAAGUAGACCAGGAUAAUAAUAUCAAAGUUACAGACAUGAUGUGAGUUUAACAUGUAUACAUACGUGUAGGUGACUAAUGGUUAUGGGAGUGUAUGAAUUUCUAAUACAGUUUGACUAAAC